AUGCAUGAAACAAUUGAAGAUUUUGAUGACAUGGAAAAGCUGGGACAAGGAUUCUCAUCGGCUGACCCACUUGAAGAAAUUGAUAUUGGUGAUGGAAGUAUCCCGAGGCCUACAUUUAUCAAAGCUAGCUUGAAAGCCGAUCAGAAAAGUAAGUUAGCGCCCGCAGCUAUGUUGAAUCCUAUAAUUAGGCCGUGGCCAUUUAGAGGAUGGGGCUUAGAUUUUAUUGGUGAGAUACAUCCUUUGUCUUCUAAAAAACAUCGCUUCGUCCUAGUUGCCACAGAUUAUUUUACUAAAUGGACUGAAGUAGUUCCUUUGAAAAAUAUGACUCACAAAAAGGUUAUUAGUUUUGUUUCAGAGCAUAUUAUUCAUAGAUUUGGUAUUCCUCAAACUUUAACUACUGAUCAAGGUGCUUCUUUUAUGUCUCAUCAAUUUCGUGAAUUUGCCAAAUCUUUAGGAAGUAAAUUGUUAAAUUCGUCGCCUUACUAUGCUCCAGCUAACGGACAGGCUGAAUCUAGCAAUAAAACUUUAAUUAAGCUUAUCAAAAAGAAAAUUGAGGAGCAUCUGAAAAGAUGGCAUGAGGUACUUUCGGAAGCUUUAUGGGCUCAUCGGAUAUCUAAGCACGGAGCGACUCAAGUGGCACCGUAUGAUCUGGUAUAUGGUCAGGAGGUGGUGUUACCUGUAAAGGUUAAUUUACAAGCUCUUAGAGUGGCCAGACAAAAUGAUUUGUCGGCUGUAGAUUAUAAUGAUUUGAUGAUGGAUAAGAUAGAUGACAUUUCAGAAGAGAGAUUAAGAGCUUUGCGAGAAAUUGAGAAGGAGAAAUUAAGAGUAGCCAAGGCUUAUAAUAAAAAGGUGAGAGAGAAAUCGUGUCAAAUAGGGGAUUUACUGUGGAAAACGAUUUUACCUAUUGGAACUAAAGAUAGAAAAUUCGGCAAAUGGUCGCCGAGUUGGGAAGACCCGUAUAAAAUUAUAGAGAUUGUUCCUGGAAAUUCAUAUUUUGUACAAUCUUUGCAGGGAGAGAAGUUGUCCAAAGCUCUUAAUGGAAAAUAUUUGAAGAAGUAUUAUCCUAGCAUGUGGCAGGAGGCCUGA